AUGGUGCCAAAGAAAAGACCCAACAAAAAGAACAACAAUUCCUCGAAGGAUCCAACGCCACCACCACCUCCUCAAUUCAAUCCCGCUAUGUUCCAAGCAGCCGUUACUGCUGCUGUGACUGUUGCUUUGUCACAGAUAAAUCCUGGUGGUUUUGGUGGUUCCGGGAUUGUCCACGCUACCACUACUCCUGCCGCUGCUACUGCAGCUCAAGCACCUACCAGUGGAUAUACUGGUACCCUCCCUUGGUGCAGCAAUUGCAGUUAUCAUCAACGUAUUCCUGGCCCAUGUCGUGAAAUGCUCUACAACAACUGUGGCAAGAAGGGUCACACUGCUCAAAGUUGCAGAACACCAGCCCAACCAACCAAUCAGGCCUCUGGAGCAGGUGUUGGUCAGGACUAUUAUGGCUGUGGCGAGGUCGGGCACUACAAGAGAAACUGCCCCAAGGUAGCAACAACUGGCAACACUGGGAGAGUUCUAGCGAUGGGGCAAUAG